AAUACUAAUAAUAACAUAACUGCUUUCCAAGCUGCAAAUUCAACACUAUUCUUAGAAGCGUACUUGGCAGCGGAACCAGUUCCACCAAUAGCAACUCUACUUAAUGGUCUUUUCUUAGGACUAGUACUACUUUCAUUUGCGGUCGAUUUUGGAACUUCUUGGGGUUUGAUUAAAGUUGAAGCUAAACAACGUUUGGCAAAUACGGGAGUUGAUUUCAACAAUUGAGAUCUAACUAACACUGACCUCAAUAUAGUUGUACGAACUGGUAUUCUAUUCAAUAACAUCCUUUAAUCGUGGUGUAAUCUAUUGUUCCAUACAAUGUUUUAGUAAGCAAACCAACGUUUGAUCAAUUUUCAAACUCCAUGGUAUCACCAAACUGACUGGAAGAAAAAAAUCAUCUCACAAUUUUCUAUGUACAGGAAAAUUCAAAAAAACUUCAGACUAUAGUUAAUUUGUACCAUUGACUGACUUCAUCAAGGUUUGCAGUGGCAACAUGAGUUCUCAAAAGAAGUUACAAGAGUUAUUGGAUUGGUCAAAGUCUAAUGGUGCUGAUAUUUCACCUAAACUAGAUUUCAAAGUGAUUUCAGAGGGUAAUAUCGGAGUGUUCUAUAAUGAAAAGGUAGCUCGAGAUCAAGAAUUACAACAAAUUCAAUUGCCAUUGAAUUUGAUUAUUACUUUACAAACUGCCGUAGAUUCAUUCCAUAAAGAAGAUCCAGCAACUUCAUACCCUGAAAUAUCACAAAAGACUUCAAACAUCAACUCAUUGUUAAAAAUAUAUCUCAGUAAAGCUCGAACUGACUCAAGUUCAUUCUUCAAACCUUAUUUAACAUUAUUACCAAGUUUAUAUCAAAUCAAUUCACCAUAUACUUGGAAUACUCAGGAUAAGGAUCUUUUAAAGGGAACUAAUUUAGGAAACUCUUUAAAGGAAAAUUUAACCCAAUUGAUUGAAGAAUGGUGGCAAAUCAUCAAUCUUAUACCUGAUACCAUCACUAAACCAACCGAUCAUUUUAUCAAUAUGAAAUUCUAUUAUGAAUAUAAGUUUUAUAAACCAGAAGAUUUUGAUACUUAUUUCGAAGAAGAACUGAAAAAGAUCGAUAAUUGGACAAGUUUCCCUAAUUAUUUAUGGUCAUCGUUAAUUUUAAAAUCAAGAUCAUUCCCCAGAUAUUUAUUAAAGAAUGCAAAAGAUAGUGAAAGUAAAGAUAUUAAACAAGACGAGGCUAUGUUGUUACCUUUGAUUGAUCUUUUAAACCAUGAUCCUAAAGCUAAAGUGAAUUGGAUAGUGGAUGCUGAAUCUGAUACGUUUAAUUUCAAACUGGAUAAUCCAGUUGAUGGUGAACAAUUAUAUAAUAACUAUGGUAUGAAAGGAAAUGAAGAGUUAUUAUUAGCUUAUGGAUUCGCUCUUAAAGAUAAUGCUGCUGAUUCUGUAGCAUUAAAGAUUAAAAUAGAUUCUCAAUUGGUUGAUGAUAUUGAAAAAUAUGGUAUUCAAUUACCUUCUAUUGAAGAUUAUACCACUUCAGUCGUGAGAAAGGAUUCUUCCAUUGCUACUACUACCAAUAAACUGUAUGAAGAUGGAGUAUUGUACUUCAUAACGAAUGAUAAUCUCCUGAUUAACCUCAUUCAAAUAUUUCAAUAUCUAGUUAAGAAUAGAUGGGAAACUAAUGGUGAAAUCACUUUAAGGAUGCAAUUGGCAGGAUUAAAUCAUUUAAGAUCAGCAUUAGAAAGUAAACUUGCCUUAAUUGAUAGUAAGAGUAUACCCGCAUCCAGUGCCAAUCAUUCCAACAUCAAGAUUUACAUUGACUCUCAAGUUAAAAUCUAUAAAAGUACCAUUAAAAGAGUUAAACAUCUUGAAAAGGAAUUAAUUGGAAAUCAUAAAUCAGAUUUGGUUAGUUUAAAAUCGGUAUAUAAGAAAGAUAAGAAAUUACAACAAGCUUUAUUGGUAAGUUUUGGAUUAACCAGUUAUGAAUCGAUAUUACAAGCUCAAUUCCAAGAUCAAAUGUGGUUAUUAUAUUUAAUCCGUUGUGUUAAUAGAGGAGAGUAUUUGAGUGGCAAUGACGAUAUUGAUGGUGAUGAAGAUAAUUACUUACCUCAAUGGAUUGAACAAGACUUCACUAAAUUGAAACAAGAAAUCACUAUUUCAAAUGAAGAAGUAGUUCAAUAUCAACCCAUUUAUGAAAAUCUUAUACCUGAAUUGAAUGCCAAAGUUCCAGAAAUCUUCAAUAAGGGGGAUUGGACUAUACAAAAUUUUGUUUACAGUGCAAAAUUAUUAGAUAUAAUUGGCUUUGUAAGGGGUAAGGAUCAAGAGUGUAUAUUAGUGAAGCAUUAGAUAAAUGGAUUUGAUUAAAAAUGUCUAAGCUUAUACCAGAUAAUGAUGUAAGAUAUGUAUAUAUAUAUAGUUUUUUUUAAUUUA